CGCGCUAUUUUUGAAUGCACAGCUCUUAAGUCUCGCGGGAUUUCAGUGCGUUGACUGAAUGCCACGUCUGUUCGAGAGUGAGCAGCAUCUGCUGGUCUGUAUCUUACCGACUGCGCCAAAUAAGCGGAUCGAGUCGUUACAGGAGUCGUGCUGUGACAGCAGCAGCAGGAGGAAUGGGAAGCUUCAUCAGAGCGCUGUUUUUGAUCGCUGUUGUGAUGGCAGUGUGUCAGCAGACGCUCGCUCACUCACACCAUCAUCACGGACACUCACACGGAGACGGCGGCUGCCACGGACACUCACACGGAGGGGUCAAGAUGCAUCACGGGGCCAGCAAGUGGAGCGCAGGAGCCAACCUGCCCCACGCUGAAGAGGAGCAUCACGGACAUGAUCACAGACACACACACGACCACGGACACGCACACACACACGACCACGGACACGCACACACACACGACCACGAUCACGCACACACACACGACCACGAUCACGCACACACACACGAUCACGGAGCAGGGCGAAUGAAAAGCGAUGUGGAAGAAGGGAAGCAGAACAUGCUGGAGCUCUGGAUGCAGGCGAUUGGAGCGACUCUGCUGAUCAGCGCUGCUCCCUUCCUCAUCCUCUUCCUCAUCCCAGUGCAGUCAAACACAGACCAGCAUCAGAACCUGCUCAAAGUGCUCCUGAGCUUCGCGUCCGGAGGUUUGCUCGGAGACGCCUUCCUUCAUCUCAUCCCUCAUGCGCUGGCGCCUCAUUCUCCUCUCGGCCAAUCGCACGGGAGCGGCGAGUCACAUGGUCACUCUCACAGCAGUGAGGAGUCACAUGGUCACUCUCACGGUCAUGGUCAUGGUCACAUGAUGUCGGUGGGGCUGUGGGUGCUGGCUGGCAUCGUGGCGUUUCUGGUGGUCGAGAAAUUUGUCCGUCUUUUGAAGGGAGGUCACUCUCACUCUCACUCUCAUGCUGCUCCAAAAGCAAAAGACAGCGAUGACGAGGAUGAUGACAAGAACCGAGAGAAAGAGAAACUCGCUGACUCUGAUAAGAAAGCUGUGAAGAAACCCGGCGAGGUGACAUCCGAUAUUAAAGUGUCUGCUUAUCUGAACCUGGCUGCUGAUUUCACCCACAAUUUCACGGAUGGGCUUGCGAUCGGAGCGUCGUUCCUGGUCAGCCCUGCGGUGGGUGCCGUCACCACCAUCACCAUCCUCCUUCAUGAAGUGCCACACGAGAUCGGAGACUUUGCCAUUCUAGUCCAGUCGGGCUGCACCAAGAGGAAGGCCAUGUGUCUCCAGCUGCUGACGGCCGUCGGGGCGCUGGCUGGGACCGCCUGCUCUCUGCUGGCUGAAGGGGUGGGUGCCGCGGCCACCGCCUGGAUCCUGCCCUUCACCGCCGGAGGCUUCGUCUACAUCGCCACCGUCACCGUGCUCCCAGAGCUGCUGGUGGGCCGCUCCAGUGUCUGGCAGUCUCUGCUGGAGGUCCUGGCCCUGCUGCUCGGGGUGGGAAUGAUGGUGCUGAUCGCCGAGUACGAGUGAGGGACUCACGGAGCCGUGUCUGAGAGAAGAAGCUGUAAAACCAGUGCUGGGUCACCUGACCUCUAGAGACCAGGAGUGUGUUGAGACGAAUGAUAGCAUUGACCACAGAAACUAAAAAACUGAACGAAUGAGGGAGAGAGGGAUCAGCACUCCAGACCAACAUGAAUGGAUCACGUAAUCAUUUUAGGCACAGGGACCUUCCCAGGGACCAGACGCUUCAGUGUAAGGUUACAGACAGGAUCAGACUCAUUCCCAAGAUGUACUGUCUGUGUUUGCUGGAGCGCUCCGAUAAAUGCUCGUGUCUCAGCAGUAGACUGCUUUUCUAGAAAUAUCAGUUAUGUUAAAUGAUUAAAGCGUUUGGUUUUACUGUUUGCACAAUAAAGGUUAGCGUGAUUCUUUCUUAA